GUUUAACUGUUAUAAUUACCCAUGUUAUCAUUUGCAUAUGUGCAAAACAUACAUGUUCAUGUUAAUUAAUAAAAUUUUAUCGAAGGCACUAAAAUAAGGUGAAUAGAAAAUAUAUUUUUAAAUCAGAGCUGUAAACAAACAUUAAAAUGGCCAUGGCAGCGGCAGAAACAUCAUUUUCUAUCAAUGGAACAUGCUCAGUUGAAGAACAAACUCACAAUAUUGAUCAUUCAUCUGAUCUUCUUCAAUUUGCCAAUGAAUCACGACAAGACGGUUGUUUUAAUGACAUCAUCGUUCGUGUUGGAGAGAAAAACAUCCCAGCAAACAAGAUGGUUCUUUCUUGUUAUUCGAAAUAUUUCAACACCAUGUUUAACACUGAGGUACCCAUGGAAGAAAAAUAUAAAGAUGUUGUUGAAGUUCAUGGUGUAGAUGCGAAAAGUGUGGAGAAACUUGUUGAUUUCAUGUACACAGGAAAAAUCAACAUCAACACCAACAAUGUGUGCGACCUUCUUGCAGUUUCUGAUUUCCUUCAAAUGCCUUCUGUCAGGAAACUUUGCAUUGAAUAUUUGUCGACAACAGUCUCGCUAGAAAAUUGCUUCACAAUUCAAGCUUUGGCGGACCGUUACACCAUUCCUAAGUUAACUGAGAAAUUUAAUAACUUUGUUGUUGAAAAUUAUCAAGAAGUUGUUUCUGGUGAUCAAUUCAAGAAACUAUCAAAAAAUUAUGUCAUCAAGUUACUACAAUCAACACAUGACAAGGUUUCUUCAGAUUUGGUUUACACUGCUGUUAUGAACUGGGUGAAGUUUGAUUUAAAUUCAAAUGAAAGUUCCUUGAGUGAAGUCAUUAAAUUUGUCGAUUUUUAUAAUUUAUCUCCCAAGAUGCUUGAAGAUGUGGUCUCUGUUGAGCCCCUCAUCAGAAAAGUUGGUGAUUUGGUUGAUACAUUAUUUGGUGCUUUGGUGCAAUUAAAGAAAACAGAGAAAUCCCUCAUAUCACUUGGUGGAGCAAAAACUCUAACCAAAGUAACAAAGUUUAAUAUACAAACAAAACAAUGGAUUCAACUUCCGGAUUUACCAGUUGGUCGUGAUGACGCAGCAGCCGUUGUCAUCGAUGAUGUUCUGUAUUAUCUUGCAGGAGAUUUAAGAACUGAUGGUAAAGCAACACCAACUAACAUUGUUCAUCGAAUGAAAUUAAAGGAAAGGGUUUUAAAGUGGGAGAAGUUAGCUUCAAUGAAUGUUAAGAGAUUGGGAUUGAGUGCUGCUGUUUUAAAUGGUACCAUCUUUGUGUUUGAUGGAUAUGAUAAUAAUUACGGAAGUCUGUCAUCUGGAGAAUCUUAUGUUGUUUCACUUAACAAGUGGAUUAAACUUAAACCAAUGAAGAUUGCCAGACUAGGCCAUUCUGUUGUUGCUCACAAUGGACAUUUGUAUUCACUUGGUGGAUGUUGGCCAGGGUCUCUAUGUUCAAUGGAACGAUAUGAUCCAUUCUUAGAUGAGUGGAAAGAUGUUGCUCCAAUGCGAACACCACGAUAUGGUUUUGCUGCUGUGGUGCUUAACAAUGCUAUAUAUUCUAUUGGUGGUGAUGAUGGAAAACAAUGUCUUAAAUCAGUUGAAAAAUACAAUGCUGAUGAUGACACAUGGGUUUAUGUGGGAAAUAUGAACACAGAGAUAAGUUUUCAUGCAGCUUGUGUUGCACAAAACAAGAUUUAUGUAGUAGGAGGUAAGGACUCUAAUGGCAAAAUUGUGAAAUCAAUUGAAUUUUACGAUGAUCAAACUGACAAGUGGAGUGUUGUUGGUGAAACUGAAGUUCAAUUAUACAACCAUUCUCUAGUUGCUGUUUAAAUAGUAAAGAGCAAGCAACAAGACCAAAUACUUACUGUAUGAUAUAUUGCUUGUUGGGAUUCAGGUCAUGUAUUUUCUCAAAGAAGCUUUGUUCUUCAAUUUUAAACAUUAUCAUGUAAAACCGACUGAUGUAGUUUUAUCAUUAUUUUAUUUCAUAACCUUCUGCUUUUGCAUAAUUGACAAAUUUAAGUUCAUUAUGAUUGUGCUUUUUGCAAUUUUUUUUAUUAUCUUUUAAAAAAUCUGAAGAUUUUAAAACAGAUUUGAUAGUUCUUCAACGUUUUAAUUCUAGAUAUAAAUAUAAUUUUUAUGAUUAUAAUGAUGUUUCAUCUGUAAUGCAGCAUUCAUGCAAUGAGUCUUGAUUACUGGUAUAUUUUGUAUGAUUUGUUUUAUAUAUUUUCUAUGUCUAUGUACGUUUUUGAUUUGAUCCAUAACCUCUUCAUUUGUAUUUAACCAAUAACUUGCAGCUCACUGUAAGGUAUAUGUUUUGGGGUGUUCAAUGGCCAUCUACUUUUUGUGAGUUCUGUCCUAUAUACUUUAUCCAUAGCGUAUUUUCUAUUAAUUCUUGCAUCGUUGAUUUAUGUUAAUAUUUUAAUAAACUUUUGAAAAAUAAAAUAAUUAUGUCACUUCC